AAAUAAAUGGACAAAAUUUUUGAUAAAACAUAAAAAUUCAACAUUCAUUAACACACUGAGUUACAUUCUCCAGUGUGAUCAAGAAAGAAUAUUAAUUUUAAUUGAUAAAUAAAAUGGUAGCAGAUGAACAAAUUGAAGCUCCAAAAAAAGCACCACCAACAUUUAAAAAUAUACAAUUUCAAGAAAAAUUUAGACCAAUAACAUCAUCUGGUAAAAAACGUACCUGGAAAUCAUUGAAGCAAGUUUUGACACAUGAAAAAUCAUUACCUUGGCCAUCUGAUCAUGUUCACUACAGUUCAAUAAAUGCUCCACCAAGUUUUAAACCAGCUAAAAAAUAUUCAGAUAUAUCUGGUCUACCAGCACGUUAUACAGAUCCACAAUCGAAAUUAUACUAUGCAAUUGCUGAAGAAUUUUCAACAGUAAGAAGUCUACCAAUGGACAUAACUGCUGGUUAUCUUGCACUUCGUGGUGCAUCAAGUAUUGUUGGAUAAAAAAAAAAGACUAAAAAUAAUAAAUUAACUAUUAAAUUGUA